GCAACUCUAUGCGAGUCUGCUUCCUCUUCCCAAGUAAACCAAAACACCCACAGAGCAAAAGAAAAACCAGGAAUAUUACAAAGACAAGAUGACGUUGCCCGAGUUCUUUGGCUGCACCUUCAUCGCCUUCGGACCGCCCUUCGCCUUGUUCGUCUUCACCAUCGCCAAUGACCCAGUACGGAUCAUCAUUCUGAUUGCGGCGGCAUUCUUCUGGCUGCUUUCGCUGCUGAUAUCUUCCCUGUGGUAUGCCCUGAUUCCUCUGAAGGAAUUCCUGGCUUUCGGCGUGGUCUUCUCGGUGUGCUUCCAGGAGGCAUUCCGGUACAUCAUCUACCGGAUACUGCGCAGCACGGAGCAGGGAUUGCAUGCCGUGGCGGAGGACACGCGAGUGACGGACAACAAGCACAUCCUGGCCUAUGUCUCCGGCUUGGGAUUCGGCAUUAUAUCCGGGAUGUUUGCACUGGUCAAUGUGCUGGCUGAUAUGAGUGGUCCCGGCACCAUGGGUUUGAAGGGCGGAACUGAGCUGUUCUUCGUCACCUCGGCUGCCCAGGCGUUGUCUAUUAUCCUGCUGCACACCUUCUGGAGCGUCAUAUUCUUCAACGCAUUCGACACAAACAACUAUAUUCACAUAGGCUAUGUGGUUGGCAGCCACCUGUUCGUCUCCUUGAUAACUCUGCUCAAUGCCAAUGAGCUUUACACGACCACUCUGCUGAUAAACUACUUGGUCACCAUACUUACGGGAGUCCUGGCCUUCCGGGUGGCUGGAGGAACCUCUCGCAGUUUCAGAAAAUUCAUAACAUGCCAGUAAACAAGCUCCUAGUAUUAACCGCCUAGUUAAUAGCUUUUGUAUAACAUUAUUAAAAACAAAUUACCUUGUA